AUGUAUAGUACAAAACAUUGUAUAAAAGCUUACGAAGAAUCAGAAAAUAAAUUCAAAAUAAAAAAAAUAACAAAAUGGAAAAAGUGUUUCAGUGCAAUGGACUAUAAUGUAAGCGAAAAUUGCCAAAAUGCGAAUUAUAUGCGUUUAGCCGAACAAUUAUGUCCACACACAUGCGCGACGUGCUGUAAAACAAGAAAGUUCAACUGUAGAAAUGUUGCACAAUGCGAAAAUUUCUCGCAAGAAAUGUGCAGAAUGCCUUCUCUCACUAAAAUAGCAUUAGAACUUUGCCCGCAUACAUGUGGACUUUGUGAUUUACCUGGUGCUGGCGGUGAAUGUCCGGACAGCAUUGAUGGGUGCGAAAGUUUGAGGGGAUUUUGUCAAUAUGACUCGAUUAGAAAUAUGUGCCAGAGAACGUGUUUUUCACGCGCUUGUCUUCAAAAUCUGACAGGUAUGAGAACACAAUGUAGACGAACUUGUGGUUAUUGUAUUCCUUAG